CCAAAUCUUGAGUUCAUAAACCAAGUUGUGUGAGGAAAACAAAAAUGGGUUCCGACGCAAUUCUCUUCCUAUGCCUUUUGGCUGUAGUUCUGAUGAUUGCCUCGGAGGUGACAGCCACGGAUUUGGCCGAAAAUACCAAUGCAGCAAAGAAGAGUACUAAUGGCCCGGAAGAAUCCAAGUACCGUGGCCGGCGGUGGAUAUGGUGGAUACCCCGGGUCCAAAACAUUAAGGGCAAGAUAAGCAACUCAUUUGGUAUCAGUCCACGAUUGAAGCAUGAUAUCUAUGUAAUUAUGGGAAUGCAAAAAGGUAUGUUUCCUCCUCAAUACCUAGGUUUACCACUUAUUAGUACUUGAUUAAGACUAACUGAU